CCCCAAUCGUCGUCUUCCAUCGUCGUGCUGUUCGCUGUAAACGAGAAAUUUUCAUUUUGCGUGAAAAUGCAAUUUUUUUCUCAGCGGUAUUUGUGAAUAAUUUAUUAAAAUAAAAUUAAUUAAACGCGUACAAUGUGAGUGCAGUGACCGAAAUUCGCAGAGUUUUGUGUAAUAAGAAAUAAAUUGUCAACAAAAUUUACACGCAGGUGCGUACCCGCACGCAGACGUGACAGACGGGAAUUGAACUGGGCCUGCUUGCUCCCUGAAAGAAUUGCAAGUUUUAUGUGCAUUGAAAAAAAAAAAGAAAAGAGCAUUGAAAUUAUUUUUCUUUUAAUGCGAAAUGCAUGUCUGUUACAAAGCAUCCCAUUAGUUUUUUAGUUUAUUAUCGAAACUCUCGUGUGAACUCGUUCAAUUAGAGCAUUCUAUGAUCAUUGCCAAUUGGUCAAUAUGUAAAUUUUCAGUCUGUUACCUUUACUUCAUAUUCGUUGUUUGGAAAAUCGAAAGAUUUUAGUGUGUAUCUAUUAAUUGUGUACGAGUGUGUGCGGCGAUGGAUUAUUUGCCUGCAGAAUGGGAUUCUCCAUCUCUUCCUCUUCCUCUCUUUAUAAAAUAUUUGUUUUCUGCACUAAAACAGCUUGUCAUUAUCUUGUAAAAAUUCACGGACGGGGAAAGUGCAACAAAUUUAAGAAGAAAAAGAAAAAAAAUUCAGCUUUAAAGGAACGACACCAAAGAUUACUUUAUCCCUUAAGGGAUUCCGCUUAAAAUUAUUUAUAUAUAUACUAAAAAUGAAUGUGACUACAGUCAACACCGGUACAAAUGCCACCCAACAAGCAGUAGAGAGUAUUGCAACAAACACGAAAACUUACAAAAUUGAAUUGAUCGAUGACGGCAACUUAAGUAUACCUUCAGACGAAGACGAUGACGAUCUAAUAAGUAGCGAUGGCAGUAUGUACGAUGAUAACGAUUUGGCUCAAAUCGCUGUGCAGGACGAUUUAGCCAAUCAGUUGGCCGCGGCUGGACCCGUCGGGGUAGCUGCUGCUGCUGCUAUAGCGUCGUCAAAGAAACGCAAAAGGCAGCAUUCGUUCGAAACGAAUCCAUCAGUCCGUAAACGUCAACAGAAUCGCUUAUUGCGUAAAAUGCGCGCGAUUAUUUAUGAGUUCACUGGUCGUGUGGGUAAACAGGCUGUAGUGCUAGUUGCCACACCGGGCAAACCCAAUACUAGUUAUAAGGUUUUCGGUGCUAAGCCAUUAGAAGACGUUAUACGUAAUCUAAAAAAUAUCGUUAUGGAUGAAUUAGAGAACGCACUUGCUCAGCAGGCUCCCCCGCCACCUCAAGAGGAUCCAUCGCUAUUUGAAUUGCCUCCAUUAAUCAUUGAUGGUAUACCGACACCUGUAGAAAAAAUGACCCAGGCUCAGUUGAGAGCCUUUAUACCGCUAAUGCUAAAGUACUCUACAGGGCGCGGUAAGCCCGGCUGGGGUCGUGAAUCUACGCGUCCACCCUGGUGGCCUAAGGAAUUACCCUGGGCUAAUGUACGCAUGGAUGCUCGUUCCGAAGAUGACAAACAAAAGAUUUCAUGGACUCAUGCCUUGCGAAAAAUUGUCAUUAAUUGUUAUAAGUACCAUGGACGUGAAGACUUGUUGCCCACAUUUGCUGAUGAAGAAGAUAAAAUCAAUAAUAUGAUCUCAAACGAAGAGGAAGACGAAGAAGAAAAGGUCAUAAUGCAACCAGUUAGCAACAAUAAUACUAUAACGACGAUACAAACAGUUUCCGGACAUCAACCGCCUCCUACCGCGACAGCAAAUCAACAAGUCAAUGUGGUGAAAAUUAAUAGCUCAGGCACAGUUAUAACGACACAUACCACAAAUCCACAAAAUCCAAAUAACCCUGGGCCGACUAUCAUUCAAAGCACGAACGAUCAGCAUAUAACUACUACGGCUACGUUACCGGCUUCUACUAAAAUUGAAUUGUGUCCGGCGCCCCAAGUUCAAGUCAGUCAGCAGCAGCAAGCUCAAACAACAAAUACCACAAACGCUAGCGUCUCGGCUGCUCAGCAAAUAGCUAACGCUCAAGUUUGCAUCGAACCGAUGACCCUGGGAGAUGUUGAUUAUACCACUCAAACGGUGCUUUCUACCAUACAAAAUGCCGAUGGCACAGUUUCUCUAAUACAGGUUGAUCCUAAUAAUCCAAUAAUUACACUACCGGAUGGUACCACCGCUCAAGUUCAGGGUGUCGCCACGUUACAUCAAGGCGAAGGCGGUGCUACCAUACAAACUGUACAAAGUCUCGCUGAUGUGAAUGGUCACGAGAAUAUGACCGUGGACUUAACUGAAGCCACCGUUGCACAAGAUGGUCAAAUAUUUAUAACUGCCGAGGACGGUCAAGGUUAUCCAGUUUCAGUUGGAAACAUGAUAACGGUACCGGUUUCAGCAUCCAUGUAUCAAUCGAUGAUGGCCAAUAUACAGCAGAUACACACAAAUAGCGAUGGCACUGUCUGCAUCACACCCAUGCAGGUAGAUUCUACACAUAGUCAUAAUAAUAACAACAAUAGUAGUAGUGGUAGUGUAAAUAGUAAUAGUAGUGGCUCUGAUUCAGCUAUCGCCAGCAACGUCAGUCACAACAUCAAGAACAGCUCAUCGUCCAAUGUCGGUAAUACAAACAACAACAACAAUAAUAAUAAUAAUAAUAACAAUGAUAAUAAUAAUAAUAAUAAUAAUAAUAAUAAUAAUAAUAAUAAUAAUAGAAAUAAUAGUAAUAGCAAUAAUAAUAAUCAGAGUCAUGGCAACGGUAGCAAUCAAUUUCAGUGUUAUUCAAUUAUGGCAGCAGCACCAUUUGCAGCCGGUCAUCAUCAUCAUCAUCAUCAUCAUCGUUUGCUAACGCACGGCUCACCGCCUAUACAAACUGUAUUACAUGGUAUUGGUGUUAGCAAUAUAAAUAAUUGCAUUGGCAAUGUUGGUGUUGGUAGCAGUAAUACGGGUGUUGUUGGUUGUGGCAAUCAACAACAGCAGCAGCAGCAGCAGCAGCAGCAGCAACAAGUUCGUUGCCAAAUAUUAAACGCAUCUAGAUUAGGUCAUAGUUCUAGUCAUCAUUCAAACGGUAGUUGUGUAAAUGCUUUGCAAACAGCAACGGCCAAGGUAUUCAUUGCUACAGCCAAUCCAGCACAUUUCAAUAUGGCAACUGGUACUAUUUUAUUUAAUAGCAACAAUAAUAAUAAUAAUAACAAUGAUAUAAUAGCAAAUAAUAAUAAUAAUAAUAAUAGUAAUAAUAAUAAUAAUAACAACAACAAUAACAUCAUUCAUAAUAACAGUCAUAUAAAACUUGGAACAGCUAUGCCAUUGCCAUUUGUCAUUGGUACUGGCGCACGUAGGGCUCGACGCAAUAAUAUACAACAUUCAAGUGCCAAAACGGGGCAUAAACGUCGUAAACAGACCCUUGCCAAACUUAUGCCCAUUAAAUUAGAGGAGCAUCUAUCUCCGACGAAAUCUUCAUCUGUUUCUGGUACUGCUUCUGCUGCUGCUGCGGCUGCUGCAACUACCCAUGCUGCUGAAGAGCUUCUCAGCAUACAAUUGGUGAAUGUUGGUGCAAACGCUAACGAUAGUAGUACUAAUAGUAACACCAUAGGUUUAACUUCAGCUAACGUUUUGUCCGCCAAGACCAUUAAAUUAGAAAACAUAGAAAAUUAAUUACAAUUAAUGAUGACAGUGAUAUAUAAUACGUUAAAGGCUAGCAAUGAUCCAAAAGCCAAAUUAACAUUAACAAAGACAGAUAGACAGACAAACAGACAAACAGACAAACAGACAAACAGACAGAUAGAUAGAUAGAUAGAUACAAAAGUAUAAUAUGGAUGGAGGAUGAAUACAGUAAUUUGACCGCAUCUCACAAGCUAUAUGAUGCUCUUAACCAGCAAUCCAUCUUAAUUAUUCAUUUUUCUCUACGAUUGAUAUAUUCUGUCGCCACGUAUUACAUUUGCAUCCUCAACAAUAACUGGGUCACUGUCUUAUACGGUCUAUUCCUACGUAUCUAUGUAUUUCGGUAUACGUACACCUGCACGCAAAGUAAUUAUUCUUCAUUUUAAUUUUUUUAUUAUGAUAAUUUUUUUUUAUUCUUUUGUUGUUUGCUUUAUGAAUAUUUUCUCUUCCUUUUUGUUUCUCCAAUUAUCAGUUCUAGUCACCAAAGUUACCAAAUUAUUAUUUUAAUGAAAGAAAAAUACAAAAAAAAAAAAAAAAAACCCCAAAAAAAAAAAAAAAAAAAUGGAAAAAAGGGAGAUAGUGGAGAAGAGAAUUGAAAGAAUAUUUAGAGACUUUUUUUUCUGUUUUUUUUUUUUUUUUUUUUUUUCGUGUUAGUUGUUGAACUUAUCCCAUCGGCUAUUGAAAGUGAAUAGUUUGCCAAAAAUAGAUUUAUAUUCAGCGCAAUAAGCUUUAUAGUUUUUAAAUAAUUCUUAGCAUAGAAAAUUGUUGCA